AAUGGUGGGCGGGCUGCCGGUUAAGGGGCUGCAUGGGACCGUUAGGCAAGUGUAUCAAGGGAAAAUUAUAGACCGGUUUCCUGAGCUCCCCACAGCUGGAAAGUUGAUACCAAUUGGAGAAACUGCUGCCACUUGUCUUACUGAAAUCCUACCCAGACCAGUUACACCAUCUGUUGUAAAAAAGUUUAGAAACACCAGCAAUCCUCCUACAGGUAAAGAAAGAGUAUUUUAUGGUCGAGCAAAUGAUCCUGAUAUUGCAUCAUAUUUGACUCAUGGAAUAACAACCACCGUUUCAGAGAAUGCAUCAUUAUUAGCAAAUCCACCUCCUAAAACAUACUUCCAACAAAAAAUUAAAGAAAAGAAAGAAUCUGUCUACUUAAGUAACUGUCAAGCUCCUCUUGGGAAAUCUCAUGAUCAAUCCCUGCGAUUGCCUAAAGAACUGGAUGUGAAUAAUACUCGAUUUGGAACAACAGUCAAAAGAGAGAUUUCUGCUGCAGACAUUAUAAAUCCCAGAAAGACAUUUGAUGAAGUCCAAAAAGAAGCACAGGAAGGACAUGAAUUAUAUGUUUUGACACACAACGAUUAUUAUGUUGGAGAGACAGUGAAUAGAAAAUAUAAUCCAUCCACAUUCAACAGAUUUAAUCUUUAUGGUAAAGAAACACCACAUUUUAAUGAUGGCCGGAAUAUUGGGAGAACUUUACACUGGUUGCAUGAUCUGCAGAUGAAGAAAUCAGCAAAGAUUGUGUCUAAAAUAAGUGAUGAUUUCAAUGAAAAGUUUCAGCCUCAGGUUGGAAAAGUUCAUGAUCCCUUAGCAGAUACACUUAAUGUUCCUCCAGACCACACAUUUGGAAUACUUAUUCGGCCUGAAGAAUACGGUGUUGGGGAUCUUCUUCAUAACCGGCUUCCAAGUGAAUAUCUUAAGACUAAAGACAGAGAACGCGCUGUCUUUGCUGCAAUUCGUCAAAAUUUAAAGAAGGCAAAUUACCACAAUUUUGAUACUUUAUUGCAUGCAUUUCGGCAUUAUGAUAAGGAUGGUGAUCGAAAAAUAAGCAGAGAAGAUUUGAAAAAGGCAUGCUGUCAGCUUAACCUGGACUUGGAUGAUGAACUUUUGGAUUCUUUAUUUAAUUACUGUGAUUUGGAUAAAGAUGGUUUUAUAGACUAUUUGGAGUUUGUAAAUUUUCUUAACUGGAAAGACAAAAUGGCUAUUCAAGAGUAUGAAGAAAAAAUAAUAACAAAAGGGAAAAAACCAGCUCCUUUUGAUCUUAUUCCAGCAAAUGAUUCAGAAAUUAAAGCUAAUGAAAAUGCUCUGCUAAAGCAGGAUGAUAUUGUACCCAUGGAACCAGGAAGUUUAGAAAAAACAUCUAGAACGCUGUCAAGACCAACUGAUCGUGUAUUUUCUGAUUAUCGCACAACCUCUUCUCAAUAUAAUGCAGUUGUAGGUGGCAUUCCUUCAUCAUUUUACCCCCUAUAUGGUAUUCCAACCAUUCGUUCAGAUAUUCCGGCUCCUCGUUUUCGUCGUAUCAGUGACACCACUAAUUAUGGGGAUCAAGCAAAUAUGUAUGCACUGUUAUACCCCUCUGUCUAUAAUAAUAGAGGAGUUUAUGAGAAAGACUUCUUCAGGAUAAGAUCAAAGGAAGAGAUUGCAGACAUUUUGCGCAACGUUGGUGUGAAACUUUCAGAUGAAAGCUUUGAUGAAGUAUGGAGGCAGGCUUGCCUGAAAGAUCACAGAGGAAAAGUUUGUGUAGAAUCCAUCAGAAAUGUACUAGAUGAGAUGCAGGCAUUACACUUGACCAGCUGAUAACUAUUCUGCAUUGAAUUAUGUGAUAUUUAUGGUUGAAUAUUUUUUAUUGCAGUAAAUUCUCCUGUUAUAACAUGGUUUUGAAAGUCUGUGUGUAGUGCAUAUGAAGACAUUUAUUUAUGGAAAAUAUUAAAUUAGGUUUCAUAUUCAUUUCAAAAUGUAUUUUAAAAGAGUAUUAAACAUCCAAAAAGAAGAAAUGUGUACUGUAUAUUAUGAGACCCAAAAUAGUACCCAUUUAUUUAAAAACAUAAAAUAACUAAAAUAAGGUAGCAAAUUUGUCAGAAUAGUCAUAAUUGUUAAUUUCAGAACUAUUAUAAAUGUUCUAUCUCACUCAACAAAUAUGCUGUUUUAAGGAUGAUGGCUGCAUAUAUUCUUCUCCAGAAGUUGGAAAUAAACAUAUACUUUGAGGAUGAUGGCUGCAUAUAUUCUUCUCCAGAAGUUGGAAAUAAACAUAUAC